UUUACAGAAGGAUAAAAAAGAUAAAGCAGAAAAGCAGAAACGGAAAAAGCAUACAUUAGCUGAGACUGAAUUACUGGAUUUGGAAUUGGAGCCACCAAAAGCAAAGAAAAUUAAAAAAAAGAAACAAGUGGCUGCUAAAAAUGAAGAUGCAAUUUCAGAAUGCAAUUCAAUAUCUCACAUGAGUAAUGGGGUAAAGCUCUCAAAAAAGGAGAAUAAUUCUUGCGAAGGUUCACAUACAGAAUGUGAAAGUGAUCAAGAUCAGGAAUUAACUGCAGAACAAAAGGAAGGUGCUUUUGCCAAUUUUGAUAUCUCUAAAGCAACCCUUGAUCUUCUGAAAGCUCGUGGUGUCACCUACUUGUUUCCAGUACAAGUGAAGACUUUCAAGUCAGUAUUUGAAGGCAAAGAUGUAGUUGCCCAAGCUCGGACAGGAACAGGGAAGACAUUCUCCUUUGCCAUUCCGUUAAUUGAAAAACUUGAUAGAGAUCCACAGGAAAGAAAAAGAGGCCGUUCACCAAAGGUACUAGUUCUGACUCCAACCAGAGAAUUGGCAAUGCAGGUUGCCAGAGACUUCAAAGAUAUUACAAAGAAACUUACUGUGGCUUGUUUCUAUGGAGGAACAGCGUAUAAUGGACAGUUGGAUCUAAUUAGAAAUGGCAUUGACAUCCUGGUUGGGACUCCUGGUCGAAUAAAAGAUCACCUCCAAAAUAAUAAAUUGGACCUUUCUAAAUUGAAACAUGUAGUCUUGGAUGAAGUUGAUCAGAUGUUGGAUAUGGGAUUUGCUGAACAAGUAGAAGAAAUCUUAGUGAAUUCUUACAAGAAAGAUUCUGAAGAUAAUCCACAGACACUCUUGUUUUCUGCAACUUGCCCUCCGUGGGUUUACAAUGUAGCAAAGAAAUAUAUGAAAUCCAAAUAUGAGCAAGUUGAUCUCAUUGGAAAGAAGACUAAAAAAACUGCUAUGACUGUAGAGGUAAAUUAACUUUUUAUAAUAAUA